CUUUAUCGUUGAGGUACACAACAAUGGAUCCUUUUUUCCAAUUAACUGCCGUUGCUAUCUUUCUCUCAAUCGUUUUCUACAAAGUAUUGCUUGGAAGGGAAAAGAGCAAUGCAGGAAGUAGUAAACGUAUGGCCCCUGAACCAGAAGGUGCAUGGCCAAUUCUUGGCCACCUCCACCUAUUGGGCGGCGAUCAGCUACUGUACCGAACACUUGGAGCAAUGGCUGAUAAGCAUGGACCUGCAUUUACAAUCCGACUAGGCGCACGCCGUGCGUUUGUCGUUAGCAGCUGGGAAGUGGUAAAGGAAUGCUUCACCAUUAAUGAUAAAGCACUAGCUUCACGUCCUACCACUGUAGCUGCAAAGCACAUGGGUUACAACUAUGCUGUGUUUGGAUUUGCACCUUACACCCCCUUCUGGCGUGAGAUGAGAAAAAUUGCAACGCUCGAACUCCUCUCGAACCGCAGGCUCGAGAUGCUCAAGCACGUUCGCAUUUCUGAAGUUGAGAUGGGGAUAAGAGAACUAUACAAUUUAUGCCAUCACAAUGGCUCCAUUCCUAUACUUGUUGAACUUAAACAGUGGUUUGAAGACCUCACACUUAAUGUAGUUGUUCGAAUGGUGGCUGGAAAACGUUACUUCGGUGCUAACGCUGUCUGUGACGAUGGCGAGGCAAGAAGGUGUCAAAAGGCGAUAAGCCAGUUCUUUCAUUUAAUUGGCAUUUUUGUUGUUUCAGAUGCACUUCCGUUCCUUUGGUGGCUAGAUAUGCAGGGGCAUGAGAAAGCAAUGAAAAAGACGGCCAAGGAAUUGGAUGAUCUACUUGAAGGCUGGCUUAAGGAGCAUCGUCAGAGAAGGAUUUCUGGUGGAAUCAAGGCUGAAGGGGACCAGGACUUCAUUGAUGUAAUGCUGUUCCUUCAAGAGGAAGGUCGACUCUCAAAUUUUCAGUAUGAUGCUGAUACAAGCAUUAAGUCAACCUGCCUGGCAUUGAUCCUUGGUGGCAGUGAUACGACAGCGGGGACAUUGACAUGGGCCAUUUCGUUGCUGUUGAAUAAUCGUGAGAUGUUGAGGAAGGCUCAGGAUGAAUUAGAUCUCCAUGUUGGCAAGGAAAGGCCAGUGGAUGAGUCUGAUAUAAAAAAUCUUGUGUAUCUUCAAGCCAUCAUCAAAGAAACCCUACGCCUUUAUCCAGCCGGUCCUCUGUUGGGACCCCGGGAAGCCAUGAACGACUGCACCGUUGCCGGCUACCAUGUCCCAGCCGGCACACGCUUGGUCGUAAAUGUAUGGAAAAUUCAAAGAGAUCCAAGGGUAUGGCCAAAUCCAUCAGCCUUUUCACCAGAGAGGUUUCUCAAAAGCCAUGCAGAUAUCGAUGUUAGAGGUCAACAGUUUGAGCUCAUUCCAUUUGGCUCAGGAAGACGUUCAUGCCCUGGAGCAUCAUUUGCUCUCCAAGUUCUGCAUCUCACACUUGCUCGUUUUCUUCAUGCAUUUGAACUGUCAACUCCCUUGGAUCAACCUGUUGAUAUGACUGAGAGUCCUGGUUUAACCAUUCCAAAAGCCACCCCACUGGAUGUUCUACUUAAGCCACGUCUCCCUGCUAAGGUCUAUGCAUCAUAAGAUUGGUAAUGGAGGAUAAUUGGCGGUGUGAUUCAAGUAAACUAAGAACAACUAAAAUGGGAUCUCUUUUAGUUGAUACCGUUAUAAGAUUUAAUACUGCAGUUUCCGGGCUUGCUUUUGUCUUUCUUAUGAAAACCCAAAACGAUGUUUUAAACUUGAAAUUAAAAUUAGUAAUUCGUGGUAUUGAAUAAACACAAUUUAUAAAGUUGUUAAA